AAUGAAUGAAUCAGAAAAGGAGAAAAUUGACAAAUUCAGCUGCACUUUUCAUGGAGAUUUUGCGCUGGAAAACAAUCCAGUUUCCUAUGUAGAUGCCAUCAAGGUGUACUCAGAGCUGCCAAAACUGUUGGGGGAACAUGGAGAGAAUGCUGUGCCAAUGACCGUGUGGCUUUACCCUCUGAAAAAUCUAGAUUCAACAGCUGCUCAGUUAGUCAGGGAGAUCAGUGUAAGUUUAGUACGACGUGCCCAACGGAUCAUGGAUGAACUGGAUAAUUGUGACAUUCAAUGUCAAGACCUGAUGAGGGACAAUGUCGCCAUUCAAUUCCCUGAAAUCAAAACUAAAAUCAGAAAAUUGAAGGACCUCUGCUCAGAGUACAAAAUAGUUUUUCAAAAAUGUCUCUGCAGGCUUCUUCCAUCCAUAAGGGGUGGAGGAAAAGAAGAACAAGAGCUUGUUGAUGCUCUAAAUGACAAAGAAAGAUCCCCGUUUCAAGGUGCUCUGGUAAACAAUUAUCUCAAUGAGCGAGAGCGAGAGAUGAAUGUCGUUAGAUCUUACCUCGAAAUCAUGAAAGAAGUCCCUGUUCUUGCAUCCAGCAAUGACUUGGACAAGGUUGUCUUGAAAGCAUCCAAUAACUAUGUGAUAGCUUUUGCACUUUCCUCCUUAAAUGAAAAGGAUCUGUACCUUUCAGACUUGGAGAAUUACCUGAAAACACAAUCAUGUAACAAUGGAGAGCAAGUCAGUUAUGAUCAAGGCUCCUCAAAAAAGACAGAGAAAUGGUUUUCUUCAGGAAAUGUAACUUCACUGACCAGGGAAAACAUUCAAGCCUUCUUAGAUUUCAAAGAAGCAAACAAAGGAAGAGAGAACAUUGAAUUCUGCAUUGCAUCAAUCCCAGAUGAACUGAUCACUGCCUCUUCGAUUCAUGUUUUUGAAAGGGGGAGACUCACAAGCUCACAGUACGAGCUCCCCUCAAAACCCCCAAAACCAGUCGUCUUGAGUGCGGAGCAUGACAGCAUACUUCUGCAAAUCAAACCACCAGACCGCGGUGUAAGUUAUGUGGACUCGUACUGCAUUUCAUAUCAGUCUGCGCAGAGCCCUGAAUGGACAGAGGUGUUUACUGAUGGGGUUUCUGAUCAAGUCACUGUCAAGCAGUUACAACCACAUAAAGAAUAUCGUUUCAACUGUAAGGCAGUGUGUCGCCCAGGAGUAAGUCUGACUAGUGACACAACAUCAUUCUUCAAGACUCGUCCAUGUGCUCCACCUGAAGCACCUAUAGUGAAACGAGUGGAAUCUGAGUCUGCAAAUGUAGUCUGGGAUGUUCCUACAUCUGUGGGUGAAGAUGUUCUGGUCACUGGAUACGUGUUGGAAUUCAGAGAAAGCAGCAAGGAUCAGGAAAGUGAAAAGCCAUGGAAAUCUGUGAAAUCUACAAACAGGGAGUGCACUCUUCAAGGACUGAAAGAAGACACAGAUUACGCAAUCCGAGUUUUUGCAAAGUGUGGAAAUGAUGGAGAGAGUCUAGCCAGCCCUGAAACGGUGUUUUCAGCCAGCUUUAAGGGGAAACAAUCAAUUAAGGAUGGUAGUGGGUCGUUCUUGAAUCAAUCUUCACGAAUAAAAAAGGGAAAUCCAUCAAUAUAUACACUGACUCUACACAAAAAAAUGGCAGAGAGUAUUAGUUUUAAUCAGUAUGUCUUCGGUAGAAAGGUUGAGGAUGUGAAAAACAAAGUUAUCCUUCUUUUGGGAUCAACGGGUGCAGGAAAAACCACACUGGUUAAUGUGAUGGUCAAUUACAUACUGGGCGUAAAGUGCCAGGAUUCAUAUCGCUUCAAACUAAUCAAUGAAGUGACCAAUCGCUCACAGGCUGAGAGUCAGACAUAUAAUGUCUCAUCUUUUGAGCUGUACAAUCAGCCUGGCUUUCAAAUUCCCUAUUCCCUCACAAUCGUGGAUACACCCGGAUUUGGGGAUACAAGAGGAAUGGCACAUGAUAAACUGAUUACAGAGCAGCUCAAAAGCUUUCUAUGUAACCCUUUGGGAGUCGAUCACAUUGAUGCCGUCUGCUUUGUUGUCCAGGCCUCUCUUGCCCGCCUGAGUGCCACUCAGAGGUACAUCUUUGACUCAAUUCUGUCCAUUUUUGGCAAAGACAUUGCAGAGAACAUCAUUAUUUUGGUGACAUUUGCAGAUGGUAAAUAUAUCCCAGUUCUAAAAGCCAUCAAAGCAGCAGAUCUGCCCUGUCAAAAGAAUAAAAAGGGACAACCCACCCAUUUCAGCUUCAACAAUUCAGCUGUGUAUGCAGACAAAAAACAAAAAGAAACUACAACCACUGACAAUGAUUCAGAUGACGACGAUGAAGAAGAUGAUAACCUGACCGAGAUUGUCUGGGACAAAACCUUUAAACAGAUGAAGGCUUUUUUCAAGACACUGGAGACCAUUGAAAGUAAAGAUCUGACAAUGACUAUAAAGGUCUUGGAGGAACGAGAGCGCCUCGAGAAAGCCAUGAAGAGUCUGACCCCUCAAAUAACUGCAGGUCUCUCUAAAAUGAGUGAGAUAAAAAAAUUCAAACAAAUUUUGCAAAAUGAGAGUGAGAAUAUAUCACAAAAUGAGGAUUUUGAGCAAGAUGUAGAGGUGAUGAAAGCAAUCAGAACCCCUGUAAACUGUUUUACCAUGAAUUGCAACACCUGCUUCUUCACAUGUCACUCCAACUGUUACCUCCCUGCAGAAGAUCCAGUGCAAGCUUGUGCUGUGAUGGAGGCUGGCCACUGCAUUAUCUGCCCUGAAAACUGCCAUUACUCUGCUCAUUCUAGGGAAAAUUUCAUGUGGAAUUAUGAAACAAAAAUAGAGAAAAAAACUAUUAAAGAGCUGAAAGACAACUUCAUGAAGGCAAAAGGAAAGUUUAUGGACACUAAGGAAAUACUUGAUGCACUUGAAGAGCAACUCCGUGGAAUUGAGGACAAACUAAGGAAGUUGAUCAAACUGUCCUCUGAUUGCCUGAGAAGACUGGAUGAAAUUGCACUGAAGCCAAAAUCUCUCUCCGCAGCCGAAUAUUUCGAAAUCCUGAUCAAAACCGAGGAAGAGAAUAAAAGUCCUGGCUUUGAGGAUCGAGUUGUUGGACUCGAGAAAAUGAAACAAGAAUCUCUUACUCUGGAAAAGAUUGCUAAAGGAGACAGUUUGCUUUAAACAAGAGCGCCACAUUAUGGAGGACAGAGAGAAGCGAAUGCAAACUGCCCAGAAAAUGAUGAAAGUUAAUAAUAAAGCUAUUAGUUCUUCAGUCACAGAGCAAACAGGAAACAUCUUAUCAAAAGGAUGAAAGUGCUUCCCUUGACGGACAGGAGAUGUCCUGAACAUAAUAAAAGGCUGAUUAGUUCAAAAAGAUUUAGGAAAAUUUUAAAUUUUCUUAACAUGAUGUUACUUAACAAACAUCAAUGCUUCUUUCACAUAUAAAUCAUUAAUCAUUUAAGAAUACUGAAUUUAAGAGUUAUUUUAUGCAUUUAAUAUUUAAGUUUUUAGCAAUGACGCAAUUUCUCAAGAAUCCACAACAAUCAUGGUCUGUAGCUCAACUGUAGAGCAUAGUGCUAGCAACACAGUAAUAUUGGCUUCAGAGAAUGUAUGAAAUUAUAUAUUUUUUAUAUAUCUUUAUGUAUGAUCUUUAAGCUACUUUGGAUAAAUGCUUCUGAAAAAAGCAUAAAUGUAAAAAAAUAAUAAUUUGUGUUUAGUAUUGAUACUGUAAAAAAUAUGAGAUACAGUAAAAACAAUGUAUGAUUUAAAUCACUUUCUUUCUGUUUUCAAGAAAUUAUGAGCAAGUUGUAUUAGUAUGUCAUACAACAUUUUGAAAUAAAGAAAUAUGGAUUUUUCUUAUGGUAAAGCUUACACUGUAUUGCCGCAAUGCUUGUCAUCAUGUGAAAUUUUCCCAAUUCCCGGACAAUUUGCUACUGUUCAAAAGUUAUCAGCAUUGUAUUAUCAUUAAUUCUACCUGUGGAUUUUAAAAUGAUCGUAACUAUUUUUUUAGUAGUGAUUUUGUUUUUAAAAGUACUCUGUGAAUGAAUAAAUAAAACUUUUCAUGAUUUGUAGAA